AUGGCCCCGCUAGCCACGCACGAGCGUCUCAUCCUCUUUGCCGACAAGAACGCCGACCCGCCCACCGCGAGCGCCUCCUCGUACCAGCUCCUCGCCCUCCCGCCGGCCCUCCUCGCCCUCGUCACCGUGUCCGCCGAGUCCGCCUCGCCCUCUGCGCCCCUCGAGUUCCGCGGCGACCUACAAGACUCGGCCGUCCUCGUCACCGACACCCAGACCUACGCGGUCCGCGGCGUCCAGAACUCGAACUCGCUCUGCGUGUGCGCGAGCGGCACCGGCGACGCCCCGACCCGAGGCCGCAAGCACUGGUUCGUGCCCGGUGCCGGCGGCGACCAGGGCGACGACCUGCCCGAGGACGACGACGGCGAGCCGGCGCGCAAGAAGGCGCGGCACGACGCCAUCGAAAUCGAGGCGGUCCUGCACGAGACGCUCGAGGCCGUCCCGGCCGUCGCGCGCACCGACAAGCUCGACGGUCUGCUCAAGGGCGCAGAGUACCUCGGAGAUGCCGCCGAGGAGGCCAGGACCGGGCAGCAGGACGUCCCGCGCUUCACGUUCGACUCGCUCCGAGCCCGCCUUCCAGCUUCCGACGCCGAGAUCCGCACCGCCCUGUCCCGCCGCCGUGUCGUCACCCUCGACGACUACCUUCGCCCUCUCCCUCCCUCCUUCCUCCUCGCCGUCCUCCCCUCGGUCCUCUCGACACUGCCCUUGCCCGCCAAUCUCGCCCACGGUCCGGCAGCAGCGACCAAGAAGAAGGCCAAGGGCAAGGACGUCAAGCCGGUCGUGCCCGCCGUCGCCGCGAGCGCCCAGCUCCUGCACGCCGAGGCGCUCGAGGUCGACCUCCUUGACGCGCUCGACGCCGUCGACUGCGGCAACGAGGACGUCGCGCGGCAACUGCUCGCGUGGUUCGGCGACCAGGUCGACGUCGGCGGCAAGAAGCGGUGGCGGCUCGACGCGGCGCAGCUCGUCAAGGAGGUCGGGGUCGCUCUUCUCGCCGGUGGAGGGUUCGGCCAGCAGCCGCACGACGCGUUCCUCAAGCGCUGGAAAGGCCUCGUCGGUGGCUUUGCGCCGGUCUGCGCGCUCUCGCUCCUCGCCGGCCUGCACCUGUUCCGCCCGCCGCCCGUCUCGACGAUCCAGUACCUUCCGCCCUCGUCCCUCUCGCCCGACCCGGCCGCACGGUUCGCCGAGCUCUUCUCGCUCAAGCCCAAGUGGAUCGAGGCCGACAUGAGCCUGUACAUCGACGACCUGACCGGCGGCGACAAGAAGAAGCGCGACGCGCUCGUCCUCAAGUUCGUCCGCAAGGUCAAGGACAAAGACGCGACCUGGUGGACGGCCCGCAACCUGUGGAGUGCUUAGUCAACGUCGUGGGCUUCGGCUCUGCACCCUGUCCGACCUUGGUGUUCGUCGAGCAACCAGUCGAUCGCGUUUUCGG